AUGGCAGCUGUGUCCAAACCUCAGGACUUGGAGAUUUUGGAUGACAUGAAAACACCCUUCAGUGAUAACGAAUGGGCCAGCCUCACGUCUGUCGGGCAUGCCCUGUACACGGAAGUGAUGGCGGAGAACUACAAGACCGUGGCUUCCCUGGCUGCAGCAUCCAUAGACAGACCUGAUGCGAACCUGGCGCUAAAGGAAGAGAGGGACACCCUCAUCCCGAGGGGCUGGGAGGUCGGUCUUGCUGAGUACAUCAUAAAACUAAGAAGAUAUACUCACCUAAUUUACAGACAUUUCAUCCGAUAG